GGCGUCUUCUACUCUCUCGUCUCCUUCCUUCUCGUUCUUUUCCAUCUCUGUAUUUUUUUUUCUCCUUUCACAGAUUCUUCCUCUCAUCUGAGAGAGGAAAUCAUGUUGCAUUUGGCUGGAGUUUUAGGAGAGUGGAAGCUGAAUCACGAAUCAUGAAAAUUCAUGGUGAAUACAAGAGCAAGAAGUAGAUUAUUGCCAAUUAAGGAAGGGCUGAAGUUUGACGAGAUGGUUCAGAUGGUUCAUGAAAAUUUCGGUAUCAACCGAUCGAGUAAUGAGUUAGAAUUCAGCUAUGCUCUACCGGAAUCAAUGCUUCGAGACAUGCCUAAGGAUACGCCUCCUGUUUUUGUGAACAAUGAUAGGCAGUGGGAUUCUAUGUGUGAGAUGUGUAAAUCCAUGCCUCUGCGUCUUUGCAUUUCGGUGAAGAAUGGAAUCUUAGGAAACCAUGAUCAAGGUUUCAAUCAUGAAGAUACUGCAACGGUCAAUCCUGAAGACACUGCAGUGGUGAAGAGUAAGAAUGUUAAUAGACAGGAUAGUAAUCAAGAACCUGAAGUGGAAGAUUCAAAUUUUCAUGAUGCAAAGGUCAUUAAAAAGGGUCAAUGGUUCAAGAAUAAAGCAGAGCUGUCUUGGAGUUUACGUAUGCUUUCGAUUGAACGCAAAUUCAGAAUGGUUGUCAGCAAGUCAGACAAGAAGUUGUUAGUUGUCAAAUGUGUAGACACAAGCUGCAAGUGGAUGGUUAGAGCUGCCAAGACUAAUCCGACAAGUGAGUUUUUCUGGGAAACAAAGUACAUCGACAAGCAUACAUGUUUUUCCAGAAACAUUGGUGGACCGAGAGCUUCUUCCAGAGUUAUAAGUAAGCUUCUUCUGGAAAACUUUGGGAAUUCAGGUCUAAAUAUGAAACCAGAGUUGAUUUCCAGUAUUAUGAAAAAAAGAAAUGGUCUUGAUUCAAAAUAUUGGAAAAUAUGGAAAGCUAGGGAAGAGGCUCGGACAGAGGUAUUAGGUUCUCCAGAAAGUAGCUAUGCGCAGCUUCCAGUAUACAUGCAUAAGCUUGUUAUGGCUAACCCGGGUACAAUAGCAUCCCUCGAGGUUGAUUCUGAGCAUAGGUUCAAGUACUUGUUUUUCUCGUUUGCUGCCUCUGUCAAGGGUUUUAAAUUCAUGAGGAGAGUUGUUGUUGUUGAUGGCACCUUCUUGAAAGGAAAAUUUAAGGGAGUUUUGCUAGUUGCAACAGCUCAGGAUGGUGAUUCUCAUGUGUAUCCUCUUGCAUUUGGGAUAGUUGAUGCUGAGAAUGAAGCAUCUUGGGAGUGGUUUUUCAACCGAUUGACAUCUAUUGUAACUGAUGAUGCUAGUUUAGUAGUGAUAUCUGACAGAUGUCUAGCCAUUGCAAAAGCAGUUGCAAAAGUGUAUCCAUUGGCUCAGCGUGGAAUAUGCACCUAUCAUCUACGAAAGAAUGUCAUCUCUCAGCCUGGAGGGAGAAAGAUUGCUCGCCUUGUGAAGACAGCCAUCAAAGCUUACACAACUGCAGAAUUUGACCUGAUUUUCAGUGAAAUACGACGUCAGAAUCAUAAGUUGAGCGUUUAUCUGGAGGAUGCGGAUGUUCACCUGUGGUCAUGAGCUUACUUUCCUGGAGACAAAUACGACAUCACUACAAGCAAUGCAGCAGAAUCAAUAAAUGCGGCAUUUAAGAAACCACGUGAGCUCCCCAUUGUGUCGUUGAUUGAAGCAAUACGGAAUAGACUUACCCGCUGGUUUU